AUGGGAAACACAUUUAGCCAGAUAUUCUUCAUUCCUAAACCAACACUCACGGAAAAGAACCUGGCAGACCAGACUGGCAAGGUUUUCAUCGUAACAGGCGGAAACACAGGCGUUGGCUACGAACUAUGUAAGAUCCUUUACACGCACAAUGCCACCGUUUAUCUGGCAGGACGAUCCGAGGAGAGAUGCAAAAAGGCAAUUGAGUCCAUUAUUUCGGCAUCUCCGUCAAAAGCAGGCGUGAUCAAAUUCCUCAAACUGGAUCUCGCGGAUUUGACCACCAUUAAAGGCAGCGCAGAAGAAUUUCUGCGCCAGGAAAAGAGGUUGGACUGGUUGUGUAAUAAUGCAGGCGUGAUGAGAGCCCCUGCCGGCUCGAAGGGGGCUCAAGGAUACGAACUCCAUAUGACCACCAACUGUCUCGGUCCAUGGCUGUUGACACAGUUCCUCCACCCGAUUCUGGCCGCGACAGCCGCUACAUCCCUACCGAAUUCCGUACGGGUGUCGUGGGCCGGCUCCCUCGUCAUCGACCUCUACGCGCCUCACGGUGGUAUGACACUGACAGGACAAGGCGAGCCGGACCUCUCGAGCGCCAACCCAAGGACACUCUACGCCGUCAGCAAAGCAGGCAACCUGUUCUACGCAUCCGAGUACGGCAAGCGUUGCAAAGCCGACGGCAUCGUCAGCACGUGCUUCAACCCGGGAAACCUCAAGACCGAACUGCAGCGGUACAUGAGCGCGUCGGAGACGGUGACGCACCGGCUCAUCUUGUUCCCGGCAAUCCUCGGCGCGUACACAGAGUUGUGGUCGGGAUUCGCUCCCGAGCUGACCACGGAGUGGAACGGUACAUACAUUGCGCCCUGGGGCAGGAUCUUGCACGUGAAGAAAGACCGGAUGCAGUCGUUGAAGACGUGUGAUGAGGGAGGUAAUGGGAAGGCCAAGGCUUUUUGGGACUGGACUGAGAAGGAAUGCAAGAAGUAUAUGUGA